CCGGAGCAGCCCUUUAAAAGGCUCUUCUUUCUCUACAACUGAAAAAUGGUCAUCCUAAUCUACUUAUUUGUCUUGCUGUGGGAAGAGGCUCACGGAUGGGGAAUCAAAGAUGGAAUUUUUCAUAACUCCAUAUGGCUUGAGCGAGCGGCGGGUGUGUACCACAGAGAAGCGCGCUCUGGCAAGUACAAGCUCACCUAUGCGGAGGCCAAGACUGUGUGUCAAUAUGAAGGCGGCCGACUUGCCACCUACAAGCAGCUAGAGGCAGCCAGGAAAAUUGGAUUUCAUGUCUGUGCUGCUGGGUGGAUGGCCAAAGGCAGAGUUGGAUACCCCAUUGUGAAGCCAGGGCUCAACUGUGGAUUUGGAAAAACUGGUAUCAUCGAUUAUGGAGUCCGUCUAAAUAGGAGUGAAAGAUGGGAUGCCUAUUGUUACAAUCCACAUGCAAAGGAAUGCGGUGGUGUCUUUACAGAGGCAAAGCGGAUUUUUAAAUCCCCAGGCUUCCCAAAUGAAUAUGAUGAUAACCAAGUAUGCUACUGGCACAUUAGACUCAAGUAUGGCCAGCGUAUUCAUCUGAGUUUUUUGCAAUUUGACCUUGAAGAUGACCCAGGUUGCUUGGCUGACUAUGUUGAAAUAUAUGACAGUUAUGAUGAUGUCCAUGGCUUUGUGGGAAGAUACUGUGGAGAUGAGCUUCCAGAAGACAUCGUUAGUACAGGAAAUGUCAUGACCUUGAAGUUUCUAAGUGAUGCUUCAGUGACAGCAGGAGGAUUCCUCAUCAGGUACACUGCAGUGGAUCCUCCGUGCAAAUCCUGCCAAGGGAAAAAUACAACCUCUGCUUCUGCUGGAAAUAAGAAACUCUUAGCUGGAGCCUUUAGUCAUUUAUAAAACAAAGUGGAAAUUCAGUGCUUAUUUUUGUAUCUUUGAAACUCCUCUUAUCCUUAUUUUCUAUUUUUGUUAUUAUUAUUGACAUUUAUUUAUUACUUCUCAAUGUGAAAGCAAUGUCUGAUAAUUUUGCUAAAAUUGAAAAGUACAGAAAACUUAAAAUGAGAAAAUUAGAUUUCCCAUCUUAAUGCAUGAACAUUGUAAGUGUUAACAUUUUUUUUCCUUUUUGUCAUUUUUAAAUUUGUAGUUCAUGAUAUGUAUCUAUAUUUGUAUUUGAAGCCUGGGAGUCCUGCCCAAUGCACAGUUUUAUGUUUUGGAUUUUUUUUUAAUCCUUGAACUUUAUGGUUUAAGCAUUUAUUUUUCUUUAUCAAUGAGUAUGCUGCAAAAAGGUGAUUUUUGUCAACCUGAACAAUAUUCCAUGUUAUGACUGUUCUAUACUUUAUUUAAGCCUGUCUCUGUUGUGGAAUUUUACAUUGCUUUUAUAAAUAUCGCUGUAGUAAACAUCCUUAAACAUAUGCAUUUAUAGAACUCCCUAGUUAUUUGGAAUACGGGUCUUAGAAGUAGGAUUUCAAGACCAUUGACUACAUAAAAUAGAACUUUCUUUUUUGGUAGGGAAAAUGACAUAAUGUGGCUUGAAUUUGCAUUCAAAUUGUUCAUUGGUGUAUAUAAAUAUAUAUUUUGGUGAGUUGUGUUUCUUUUUUGAAUGAUGUUUCAUUUCGUUCAUUUUUAUAUCUGUAUGAUCAUUUCUAUUACUGAUUUGUAAGAAAUUAUUUUAUUUAUUAGGUUUUUUUUGCUUUUUGGUCACACCUGGCGAUGCACAGGGUUUACUCCUGGCUUUGUACUCAGGAAUUACUCCUGGCGGUGCUCAGAGAACCAAAUAGGAUGCUGGGAAUCGAAUCCUGGUCGGCCACGUGCAAGGCAAAUGCACGUGGGGCUGUGCUAUUGCUCCAGCCCCAAUUUUAUCAGUUAUAUAAUACCACGAAAUCAUGAAAUCACGAAAUCCGGUGGAUCGUCGAGUGGCUCGAGCGUUCUCAGUAACCUCUACAUUCGUCGUAUCCCUGAGAUUUUAGAAGCUUCUAAAGACUUCAGGGUCAGGGGAGUGAGAUUCAGCUGGUUACUGGCUUUGGCAUAUAGAUACACCAUGGGAAGCUUGCUAGGCUGUCCCAUGUGGGCAGGAAGCUCUCAGUAGCUUGUGAGUUUCUCCCACAGGGAAAAGUAGGUUGCAAUAUAUCGCUUCUGGGAGCUUGCUUUUAAGUCUCUGGAUGUUGACCGUUGAUGGGAUUACACACACCUGGGUUCCUCUGCCGGUACCUUCAUGCAUGAGGCCUGUCCGAACGUGUGGAGAGGGGCCUUGAGCAUGGCUGUGGCUAGGUUCCGGUGGUCUUCGGCCGCUGAGAGCUCUGCCGGGGCAGGGAGUGAAGCUGGAGCCCAUCCCCUCCAAGGGGCCCCGGGGAAGACAGCCAGGCGUGGGGGCAAGAGACUCUCUGUGGUAUAUAUAAUACCACAUUUGUUAAAUAUGUUGCAAUUUAAGUCCUUUUGAAGUUUGACUUUUUUAUAAUGUCUUUUAUGUGCUGAAGCUUUAUUUUCGGAAACACUUUUUGAUCUCUCUUGUUUCAGUCUGUUUUGACUCUUUUUGGUUAUAUUUCAAGUCAGAUCCAGGACCUCAUACAUGCAGGGUAAUUAUUCUACCACUGAAUGGCAGCCUUCAUCCUAGAUUCUGUUAUUAUCCUUAUGCUUAGAAAAAUUAUUCUCAUUAUCAGGUAAGACAUUUCUCUAGGGGCUGGAGCGAUAGCACAGCAGGUAAGGUGUUUGCCUUACACUGGGCUAACCGGGGCUCGAUUCCCAGCAUCCCAUAUGGUCCCCCAAGCACUGCCAGGAGUGAUCCUGAGUGCAAAGCCAGGAGUAACCUCUGAGCAGCGCCGGGUGUGACCCAAAAAGAAAAAAGAAAGAUAUUUUUCAAAUUUUAUUCUCAGUGCAUUAUACUUUGCUUUUCCAUGACAACAGAAGCCACUACUAUUACACUAUAUAUAAAGGGCAAGAGUCAAAAUUCAACUAAAUUUAACAAAAAUGUAUGUGGGUUUGAGGCACUUUUCUGGACACUUGGAAGCACCCAAGAAUCGUUUCUAAACAAACAUCCCUAGGCCUGAGAAGUGUUUGCGUGGAAGGAGGAGACAACAAUGAAUGACAAGAUGAGGCCAGAGUGAUAGUACAGUGGAUAGGGCAUUUGCCUGGCAUGUGGCUGACCAGGGUUCAAUCCCAGCACCACAUAUGAUCCCCAGAGCCCCACCAGGAGUGAUCUCUGAGUGCAGAGCCAGGAGUAAGCCCCAAACACCUCAGUGUGGUCCCCAAACAAACAAACAAAAAUUAAUAAACAUGAAAAUGUAGUAGACUAGAGGUUAGCAUAGAGUGUUUCUCACUAAAUUAUUAAUAGAUGAGAAUAGAUUUUUUUUAAAAAAAAGGCCAAUAACUGAGCCCCAGAAGAGAGAUAUGAAUGAAAAUGAACAACUUAAAGAAUGUAGAAAGUAACUGGGCUAAAAAUGACUCAACAGUGGAGCUCAAGAAAGAAUGGUAGCAAGCAAAAACUGAGCUCUUCCCAAGUGAGAUUUAUCCAGGAAUGCAAAUAUUGCUCAGCACAGGCAAAUCAGUUAAUAGGCUAUGCCACAUCGACAAGAGGAAAGAUGAGAAUCAUAUGGUUAUGUCAAUAGAUGCAAAGAAAGUGUCAUUUUUACAAGACCCAAUACUCAUUUGUGAUUAUUAAAAAUAACCUCCUCUUCCCUCCCUCCCUCCCGCUUUUCUAUCUUGAUUUCUUCAUAUUUGCAUAUGAAGAGCAUAUUGUUCCAGCAUCAGUUUUCAAAACCUGAGCCAGCUUUGUAGCUCAGCAGUUGAGCAUUUGCCUUGCAGGUGUGACUGAGGCUCUGGGUUUGAUCCUUGGCACCACAACAAGUAAACAAAUAAUUAAAAGUUAAUUUUUUGACUCUGCAAUUUGGUGUUACAUGUCAUAUAUACAGGACUGGUUAAAGGAAAUCUCUAUUCUUGAAAAGAAUGUCAGCUAUCCUUAAACAGAUCAAGCUAACUAAAUAUGUAAUUUUGCUUGUCAUGUAUGGUGUUCUGACUCAUGUUAACUAACACUUGUUGUGAUGGAUAGUCAUUGAGUUAUCAUUAACUCUCUUCAGCGUCAAAAUUCUGUUGUGUAUACUGUAGUAGUAUAAGUCCCUGUAUGUUCAUUUAAAAUUGUUUUGUGCAAAAAUAGAAGCACUUCCCUAUCCUGUUAUGAACAGCUAUUUUAGACCAUUUUCUAAGCAAGAUUUACUAUUUAGCCAAGAAUCUAUUUAACACUGAAAAAAUAAUCGAAGAAAAACCAGAAAAAGUGGAGGAAAUAUCUAAGAAAUUAGCAACACUGAGUUUUGAGCAUAUAUUUUCCUGUAGUUCAUGCUUUUCUGUUAGCAAGUUCUUUAAAUUUCAGGACAGGCCUGUUUGAAGAAUGGGAAGAUACAGAAAAGGAGGUUUAAAUUUCAAUAGAAUUAAAUUUAUUUGCAUGGCACAAAAAAAAAAUAAAUAAAAAUAAAAGUUAAUUUUUAAACUCUCCUUUCCCCACCGAAUUGAAUAAACAUCUUUUCGGAAACAGAACUGACCAUAUGUGCUUCGUAUUCUUCUGGACUCUAUUCCGUUUCAUUUACAUAUGGUAUAAAGAUGUUGAAUAUAUAAUGAGUGUUUUACAUGUACAUACAUAUUGCCAUUCAUAUACUGCCGU